CUCGAGCAGCCCGCGUUCCGGGAGGGCCGACGUGCGCAUGCGCGGCGCGGGGUCCUGGCGGGCACUUUGAAUUUCGCUCCCGGAGUCUCUUAUCCCGGGCUUCUGAGGCUGGGGUCUCGGCGGCUGGCGAUCGUGUAGCGAGUGGCGCUUUGCUCCCGGACCCGCGGCAGGAGGAUUAAAGGAUGGCCUCCUCAGAUCUGGAACAAUUAUGCUCUCAUAUUAAUGAAAAGAUUAGCAAUAUUAAAAGAACUCUGUCACUUAGAAAUUGUGGUCAGGAACCUGCCUUGAGGACUAAAUUAGAUAAAAUAGGAGAUGAGAUCAUUGUAGUAAAUGAACUUCUAAAUAAAUUGGAAUUGGAGAUUCAGUAUCAAGAACAAACCAACCAUUCACUCAAGGAACUCUCUGAAUCCCUUGAAGAGGAUUAUAAAGACGUGGAGCAUCUCAAAGAAAACAUUCCUCCCCAUUUGCCUCAAGUAACAGUAAGCCAGAACUUUGCUAAUGUCUCAGAUCUUGACCCUGAGGAACCAGUCAAAGUUGAGGAAACCGCAGCCACAAAGAAGCCCCCAAAAGAACAAAGAAGUAUAAAAGAAAUGCCGUUUAUAACUUCUGAUGAAUUUAAUGGCAUUCCAGCGUACAUGAAAUCUCGCUUAACCUAUUGUCAAAUUAAUGAUGUUAUUAAAGAAAUCAACAAGGCGGUGGUUAGUAAAUACAAGAUCCUACAUCAACCAAAAAAGUCCAUGAGUUCCGUGGCCAGAAAUCUCUACCACAGAUUUAUUGACGAAGAAACGAAAGAUACCAAAGGUCACUAUUUCAUAGUGGAAGCUGACAUAAAGGAGUUCACAGCUUUGAAAGCUGACAAGCGGUUUCACGUGAUACUGAAUAUCUUACGACACUGCCGGAGGCUCUCAGAGGUCCGCGGGGGAGGCCUUACCCGAUAUGUCAUAACUUGAAGCCCGUGUGCUCUUUUGAACUGGCCAGAUAUGGGGUGUAGGCCACUCCCGUGGUUUCCUUAUAUGUGAUUUCUUUAUAAAUGAUUUCUUUGGCUUUUUCAUUUUCUUUUCUAGCUUCCUAUAAAAACAAAUUUUUAGGAGGUAAAGCACAUAUAUUUUAAAAUUCAUUUUCUUUCAGAACGUAUUUAACCCCCUACCAGAUGAACCUCUGUGCUAGGUAUAUAAUGGAACUAAAAAAUAUUCAUGGUUAAUUUUUGUGUUUAGUGACAGUGCUGUAGACCUCAAUAAGAUAGAUGCACAUGUGAUAAUGGAAGAAAAAGUUCAAGAAGAUAAGGUCAAAGAUACCCUAUCUUUUUUUUUUUUUAAGUAGGCUCCACACCCAGCAUGGAGCUCAGCACAAGGCUUGAACUCACGACUCUGAGAUUAAGAUGUGAGCUGAGACCAAGAGUCAGACACUUAACUAAGCCACUCCGGUGCUUCAGUGAUACCCAGGCUCUUUAGAAUUAAAGGUUGUUAAUGUCAAAAUUCUAUCAAUGGCAUUUCAGUCUACAGGCAGAAGUUGGAUUUAUAGGCAGCCCCCCUCCCUGGGAUGAUUCUGCUUUCCCAUGUGUUGUUAGGGAACAGCUUACCUGAAAUGCAUUUGGUAUGGACCAAUCCAUAAACAUCAACUAUAAUGAAAUUGUAAUAAAAAUAUACUGAGAUGAAAAAAAUGAUAAAAUAACACAUAAGCGGUUUGAUAGUUGUCGUGGAAAAUGGGUGGUUGAAUUGCAAGAAUUGUGGAUGUUUCUCUUGUGCACUUAUGGAGACUGGCUAUGUGUGUUUUAGUCAGAGUUCUCCAGAGAUACAGAACCAAUAGGAGGUAGAUAUAUGGAGAGAGAGAGAGAGGUGAUGACAAAUCGGUUGAGAAGUCCCUCGAUCUGCCGUCUGCCAGCUGGAGACCGAGGAAAGCCGGGCCUGAGAAGCAGAGAGCAUGAGAUGUGGCUCCAGCAGUGAGGCGGAAAAAAGAAGUGAAUGCCUCUUUCUUCCGCCUUUUCUUGUAUUCGGGUCAUGCGCAGAUGGGAUGAUGCCCACACACACUGGGGAGGGCGGUCUACCGAGUCUACAGAUUCAAAUGCUCAUCCCUUCUGGAAACGCCCUCGCAGAGGCGUCCAGAAACAAGGUUUAGUGUGGGCACCCUGUGGCCAGUGCAGGUGACACAUAAAGUGAACUCUCACAGUCUCUGUGCCGUCUGCUGGGUAGAUGGAUCCUUGUAGCCCAGUGAAAACUCAUCGAGGCCUGGUGGCCUGGUGAAUACAAUACACUCCCUGUGAGGACCACAGAGUAUAUUAGAGGCACUACUUACUGUCAUCCUUCCUCCCUAAUUUAAAUGCAGAUGUGUUUAAUCUUUCAUGUCUUGCUUUAAAUAAAAAUAAUGGCAUUAUUCUUUAA